AUGGCAAAGAAGACAAUAAUUAUUGCACUGGCAAUACUGCUGUUGGCAGCUGUCGCCACUUUUGUGGGUGUCUUCUUCGGCGUGGGGAGAAGGGAGCAUCCGAGUGACCAGGUGUACUGGAAGGCAGCUGUGGCAGCAGAUGCCGGGGAGUGUUCGGUGGUCGGCAGAGACAUGCUGAUGAAAGGGGGGUCUGCAGUAGAUGCCUCUAUAGCUGCUUUACUGUGCGUGGGACUUAUGAACGCCCACAGCAUGGGCAUCGGAGGGGGCCUUUUCUUCACCAUCUACAACGCAACAACUGGGGUGGUUGAGACCAUUGAUGCCAGGGAGACGGCACCACGCAAAGCGACAGAGAACAUGUUUGGGAACAGCACAGAUUUAUCCCAGAGAGGAGGGCUGUCUAUCGCUGUACCAGGAGAGAUCCGAGGUUACGAGAUGGCACACCAACGACAUGGCAAGCUGCCUUGGAAAGACUUGUUCCAGCCGAGCAUUGAUCUUGCACUGAAAGGUUUUCCUUUGGGCAAGGCACUCGCGGCUGCUCUGUCCCUGCGCAGGUCAAUCAUCAUCAAUGACGAAGCCCUGUGUGAAGUGUUUUGUGGGGAAAACGGUGACAUCCUCAAAGAAAACGACACCAUCAAAUUUCCCAAGCUUGCAGAAACUUAUAGGAAAAUAGCCGAAGAGGGUCCUGAUGCUUUCUACGAGGGGCAACUGGCUCAGAACCUCGUGCAAGAUAUUCAGGCAGCAGGCGGCAUCAUCACAAUGGAGGAUCUGAGGGAUUAUGUGCCUGUCUUGGAUGAGAAACCUUUAAGAGUGAAUGUGGGGGAGUACACUAUGGCUGUGCCCAAUGCCCCCGCUAGCGGCCCUGUGCUCUCGCUGAUAUUAAACAUCUUGAAGGGGUACAGCUUCACCUCAGAUAGCGUGGCAAGCGAGGAGAAAAAGAUCCUCACCUACCAUCGCAUCGUGGAGGCUUUUCGUUUUGCUUAUGCAAAGAGGACCUUGCUUGGAGAUCCGAAGUUCCUCAACAUUACAGAUCUCAUCGCCAACAUGACUUCGAGUUUCUACGGCGAUGGCCUCCGCGAAAAGAUCACAGACAACACCACACAUCACAUGAACUAUUACGAGCCAGAGUUCUACCUGCCUGAAAACCACGGGACCUCACACCUCUCCAUAGUAGCAGAGGACGGGAGCGCCGUGGCCGCCACCAGCACCAUCAACCAAUAUUUGGGCUCCAAAGUCAUGUCAAAAUCAACGGGGAUACUUCUCAACAACGAGAUGGACGACUUUAGCUCCCCGCUCAUCACGAACGGCUUUGAAGUGCCUCCUUCACCGAACAACUUCAUCAGGCCAGGAAAAAGGCCGAUGUCGUCUAUGUGUCCAACCAUAAUCUUUGACAAAAACAACAAAGUAAAGAUGGUGGUCGGAGGCUCAGGGGGAACGAAAAUCACAACUUCUAUCGCUCAGGUGAUUCUGAAUGCACUGUUCUUCAACUACGAUCUGGAAAAAGCUGUGAUAGAUCCAAGACUCCACAACCAGCUGAGUCCCAACGCCACUGUAGCAGAGCAUGACUUUGACAAAAACAUCCUGGACGGCUUGGCGUUAAAGAACCACGAGAUAGAUGUCCUCAAAUCGACGGGGGCGGUGGUGCAGGCGGUGCUUCGUCAGGAUGAGGGACUCCAAGCUAAGUCAGAUCCUCGGAAGUGGGCGUACGCCGCAGGGUACUGA